CUCACAAUCACGCCCGCCGCAGCCGCACGCGCCCGCACGCGCCCUCGCUCCCGGCCCGCACUCCGGGCUCCUUUGUUGCUCCCGCCGCGGCCGCUCUCCGGUGCUGCGCGUUGCUGCGUGUCACUGUGCGGGCUGCGUGUCCGCGCGGUGCGGGGCUGUGGGGCUCUCUCCGCGCUCACCACGCUGGCCCCGGGCCGGCUCUCCCUUCCCAGGAGCCGGCUGCACCAGAGUCCCAGCACAAGCUUCCGGAAACCCAUGACCCAUGAAGUCUUGUCGACACUCACACCAGAUGAUGGCAGCAGCAACGAAAUAGAAGAAACAGAGUGCUGUAGAGGAUUGCAGAAUCUCUGGGAGUGACUGGUGGCUUAUGGGACGUUGGCGUCGGACCCUUUGUCACACACCUGCCGCGUGGGACGAUGACGACUCAGAGAGGAAGGAGGCCCGCGGUCACACUCACCUGCCUCUUCCUGGCCACAGCCGGCUGCUUCGCUGACCUGAACAAGGUGCCUCAGGUCACCGUGCAGCCCCCCUCCACGGUCCAGAAGCUCGGGGGAACUGUGAUCCUGGGCUGCGUGGUGGAGCCGCCGGGGAUGAGCACCACCUGGCGCCUGAACGGGAGGGAACUGAACGGUUCCGAUGAUGCCCUGGGCGUCCUCAUCACCCGCGGGACGCUGGUCAUCACCGCCCUCAACAACCGCACCGUGGGACGGUACCAGUGUGUGGCCCGGAUGCCUGCGGGGGCCGUGGCCAGCGUGCCAGCCACAGUGACACUAGCCAAUCUCCAGGACUUCAAGUUAGACGUGCAGCAUGUGAUUGAAGUAGAUGAGGGGAACACAGCGGUCAUUGCCUGCCACCUUCCUGAGAGCCACCCAAAAGCCCAGGUCCGAUACAGUGUCAAACAGGAGUGGCUGGAGGCAUCCAGAGGUAACUACCUGAUCAUGCCCUCGGGGAACCUCCAGAUCGUGAACGCCAGCCAGGAGGACGAGGGGAUGUACAAGUGCGCCGCCUACAACCCGGUCACCCAAGAAGUGAAGACCUCGGGCUCCAGUGACCGGCUGCGCGUGCGCCGCUCCACGGCAGAGGCCGCCCGCAUCAUCUAUCCCCCAGAGGCCCAGACCAUCAUCGUCACGAAAGGCCACAGUCUCAUCCUGGAGUGUGUGGCCAGUGGGAUCCCGCCUCCGCGGGUCACCUGGGCCAAGGAUGGGUCCAGUGUCGCGGGUUAUAACAAGACGCGCUUCCUGCUGAGCAACCUCCUCAUCGACACCACCAGCGAGGAGGACUCGGGGACCUACCGCUGCAUGGCCGACAACGGGGUCGGGGAGCCUGGGGCGGCGGCCAUUCUCUACAACGUCCAGGUGUUUGAACCCCCCGAGGUCACUGUGGAGCUGUCCCAGCUGGUCAUCCCGUGGGGCCAGAGUGCCAAGCUCACCUGUGAGGUGCGCGGGAACCCCCCGCCCUCAGUGCUGUGGCUGAGGAACGCCGUGCCCCUCACCCCCAGCCAGCGCCUCCGACUGUCCCGUAGGGCCCUGCGCGUGGUCAGCGUGGGGCCUGAGGACGAGGGCGUCUACCAGUGCAUGGCCGAGAAUGAAGUUGGCAGUGCCCAUGCCGUGGUCCAACUGAGGACCGCCAGGCCAGGCACAACCCUGAGGCCAUGGCCCGAUGCUAAGCUGGACACUGCCACACCUCCCGUGCCACCCUCCAGACCAAGAAGCCCCGACCAGAUGCUGAGGGGGCACCCAGGGCUCCCGAGGCCUCCAACGUCGGUGCAGCCAGCUUCCCCGCAGUGCCCUGGAGAGAAAGGGCAGGUGGCGCCCGCCGAGGCACCCGUCAUCCUCAGCUCGCCCAGGACCUCCAAGACUGACUCUUACGAGCUCGUGUGGCGGCCACGGCAUGAGGGUGGCAGCCGGGCACCGAUCCUCUACUAUGAGGUGAAACACCGCAAGGUAUGGUGCCUGGCAUUGUGCCCACCUCGUCUCAGGCUGGGCGGGGGUCUCUGUUAUCUCCCUCCCCCUGAGCUCCCGCCGCAACCUGGACGGCCAACCCCACUACUGGUCACGACCUCCCGUCUCCUCCAGGGGACUUUCCUACCACCUCCAGGAAGAGGGUGGUGCUGGGCAUUUAGGACCCUACGAGGCCCAGGAAAAAGCCAUGCCUUUGCCUCCACAUACCGCGUGCUCCCUCCCUGGCUGAGCUCAACCCGUUUUUACCCAGGACGGCGGCCCAAACCUGAAAUCAUGGCCAGCAAGGAGCAGCAGAUCCAGAGAGAUGACCCUGGAGCCAGCCCCCAGAGCAGCAGCCAGCCAGACCACGGCCGCCUCUCCCGUAAGCUCCCAGCAACCCCCAGGGGUAGAAAUGAUGCGUGCUCAUGGGGGGACUGGAUGCUAGCCACCGCGGCCAUCCCUCCGUCCAGGCUCUCAGUGGAGAUCACAGGCCUAGAGAAAGGCACCUCCUACAAGUUCCGCGUCCGGGCUCUGAACAUGCUGGGGGAGAGCGAGCCCAGCGCCCCCUCCCAGCCGUACGUGGUGUCGGGCUAUAGCGGCCGCCUCUAUGAGCGGCCCGUGGCGGGCCCGUACAUCACCUUCACCGACGCCGUCAACGAGACCACCAUCAUGCUCAAGUGGAUGUAUAUCCCAGCAAGUAACAACAACACCCCCAUCCACGGCUUCUACAUCUAUUACCGGCCCACGGACAGUGACAACGACAGUGACUACAAGAAGGACAUGGUGGAAGGGGAUAGAUAUUGGCACUCCAUCAACCACCUGCAGCCGGAGACCUCCUAUGACAUUAAGAUGCAGUGCUUCAAUGAGGGCGGCGAGAGUGAGUUCAGCAACGUGAUGAUCUGUGAAACCAAAGCUCGGAAGUCUGGUCAGCCUGGCGGGCUUCCACCCCCAACUCUGGCUCCACCUCAGCCGCCACCCCCUGAAACCAUGGAGCGGCCGGUGGGCACGGGGGCCAUGGUGGCACGCUCCAGCGACCUGCCCUACCUGAUUGUGGGGGUCGUCCUGGGCUCCAUCGUCCUCAUCAUCGUCGCCUUCAUCCCCUUCUGCUUGUGGAGGGCCUGGUCCAAGCAGAAACAUACAACAGACCUGGGUUUUCCUCGAAGUACCUUGCUGUCCUCCUCCUGCCAGUACACUAUGGUGCCGCUGGGAGGACUUCCCGGCCACCGAGCCCACGGGCAGCCCUACCUCAGCGGCAGCAAUGGACGGGCCUGUACAAAUGGGGGGCAUGUGAACAGGGGCUGCCCUGCGCCUGCCAUGGGCCACCCAGGCGUGAAGCCGCCGCAGCACUGUCCCGGGGCACGGCCUCAGCAGGAUGACACCAACCACCUCCGGAGGCAGACCGCUCCUGGCGAUGGACAUGACGCCCACAGUGCCCCGCCUCCCAGGGGAGCCAAGGCCAACCCAGACGAGGCCUCUUUCCUGUACACACUGCCUGGUGCCUCAACGCACCAGCGGCUGCAGACCCACCAGGACCGCCACCCCCUCCAGGAGCAGCCUGCUCCAGCCAGCCAGUCCGGGAUGAGGCGAGGACCCCAGAAUCCGGGGCUGGAAGCGACAUGGGACCCUCUUUUUCACCCAGGGCCCCCGUGCUGCUUGGGCCUGGCACCGGUUGAAGAAGUGGACAGUCCUGACACUUGCCAAAUGGGUGGAGGAGAGUGGUGCCCCCAGCACCCCACGGGCACCCACGGAGGACAGGAGCCCGGGAGGCAGCUCUCCCCCAGCCCACCAGUGCACAUAUCUUUUGAAACACCACCCCCCAUCGUUUAGGCAGAAGCCAGUAUUCCAGAAAGACUAUUAUCAUUUUUAAAGAGACAGAGGAAAUUGGUAUUUAUUUUUCUAUAAUAGCCAUAUUUAUAUAUUUAUGCACUUGUAAAUAAAUGUAUAUGUGUUGUUAUAAUUCUGGAAAGACAUAGGGACUCCUACCCAUGGAGGUAUGAGAGGUUAAACAAAGAAGCCACCACAUACCAGGAGUAAACCAGGAAAGAGGAACAUGGACUGGCCAGCACCCAGACUGAGGAGGCGGCUCAGAACCUCUGCCCCUGCCCGGGAGGCUGCGGAGGCCCAGAGAGCAGCUGCCCGAGGGAAGACUCCCGCUCACUGUGCGUGAGGAGCGCGCGGGUAACGCAGAGGCCAGGGGCGCACAGGCUGCAGACACCUGUGAAGACGGCCAGCUCUGGUGCUACAGGCAAGGUCUCCAGAAGACGCCCGUGAGAACAGACUCAGAUGUGUAUAGUACUAUAAGCAUUAACAGACCUUCCAGAAUCAAUAAUCCGCGGCAACAUCGCUCUGUAAAAACAAACACUGUAACUUCUAAAUAAAUGUUUAGUCUUCCCUGUAA